CAAAGCUAACUCACAUAUCAGUUGAAAUAAGGCUCCGUCAUACAUACAUAAAACUCGUGAUAUUGUAUUACAUUCUUUAAUAAAUUUUUGUAAUUCAUAAAAAUGGACAACAAAGAGAAACAAAGCGAUGAAUUACUAAGUCGCAUACGCAGUGAACUGACUGCGAUUCUGGCUGAAAAUGCCAGCAAUGAUCCAGAACGUAAGAUUUCCUAUGACAUGAUUAUGAAACCUUCGCCAUUGCCUAGCUUAGAGCAACAGAAUCGCACGAAGCAAACAAAAAAGAAUAAAUCAAAACAUUCUGGGGUAUUUCAACGUCCGCAAACAUAUCGUCAGUCUAUGGGUGGCAAAUCGAUUACCAUGAAACCAUCAACUGAACGAUUAACGGAUGGCCAACAACCACAAUAUUCAUCCAAUGAUCCAGUUUCCACAUCAAGUGUUCAUUCAGCAGUUUCAGUGCUGUCUUCACGACUCUCAAACUUGGAUCGCAGCCUAGCAGUUGAUUUUAUGGAAUCGCAAAGUGCUAAGACUAUGGAUGAAGACAUCAAGCGAAUGCAAUUGGAAUUGGGGAAGAGCUAUAAUCUAUUUCAAAGCAUUGGCGAAAAACUAGAGAAUAUCAGUUUUAGCAGUCUUAAGUCCCGUAUACGUGAUUUGCAUUUAAGCAACAACAAUGAUCUAAACAAGAUUACCACAUCACAAUUAAAGAAGUCAUUUGAAGAGAAUUAUUUGCAAAAUCGCUUAGAUAAAAUUACAACGGACGUCAGUGAUGAUUUUCGUCGGCAUCCUGGCGAGUUUGGCGACAUCCCGGAAUUGAGCAGCUUCUUCCAAGCGUGCGCGCAACUGGAGCACGGUUUGGACUCGCUAAAACAACAGCGCAAACGCAGCAGCGAAUUGGAGCAGCGCCUUUGUUGGGCCAAUGAGAUUGCAUUUAAUCGCAUGCAAGAAAUUCGCUAUGCGGUUGGCGACAAGCCAGAAACAAAUUUCUAAGAAUUUUGGUGACAUGUUAAAAGUAAUGUAUUUUAUUCUGUCUUAUUACAACAAAAAGGAAGAUUGCAAAUUAAUAGGUCUACCAUUCA